AUGGCUCCGACAGCUACUGUAACCAGACGCCAAGAGGUCACUCUCAAGGUCGAGGCGCCUCAACUAAACGACAACAGCACUUCAACUACAAAGACAGCUGUUCUUGUAGGCAACUCGUUCUGGACAGUGAGCCUGACUCGCUCCAAGGCCUCUCUGAACGUCUCGGCUAUUUGGAGCCGCCAGCAGCACGCCGAUAUUACCAAUUACACUGUAAUGCAUAUCAUCCCUCACUCCAAGAACUCAUCCAUCCUCGAGACGUCCAUUAACGGCGAUGCGCUGAUACAAGGCAGUGCUGGCAGCUGCGUAAUUGGUAUCGACAAAGUCAUCGAUGAUGGGAUGUACCGUUUCGACAUUGUCUUUUCGACUCACAAAGAAAUCGCGAGGAAACUAGCCUCGCCUCCGUUUAAGAGCCGCGAGAUUCUUCCCUUGCUGCUCAAAGACCCCAACACGGUUGAUGUCUGCUUCACCUUCUCGUCGGACAAGGCACACUCCCAUAUCGGACUCUGGGCGCACCGCGUGGUCUUGUCGCGAUACAAGGUCUUUGCGCAGCUGAUCGAGCAGGAAGAUGCUCAUCAGCGACUGAUGCCCAAGGCCAACAGCGACAAGGACAAGGAUAAGAUGACUACCACCAUCAAGGCCGAGUCAGACGUCGAAUCAACCCGGACCAUCUCCGAUGAUACUCUUUCUGCUGCGCCCUCGAUUGACUCGCGCGCGAUCAUGAUCAAGGUCGACAAGUUCCCCCUGGCAACCUUCUGUGCCCUCCUCUACUACAUCUACACGGACGAGAUCGACCUCUCCGUCGACACCAGUCGCUUUGUCGUCAGCGUCAGCGAGGGAGGUUCCCUGGUCUGGCGCGACUCUGAGGGCAAGAUCCGAGAACAUCACCCUUCUACCUGCUGGCCCCCACUCAACCAAGGUUCCCCCUGGAAGCUGAAAGAUGUCGCGUGGGAUGAACUUCUGGAAGCCGCGGACUUUUACGAUGUCUCCGAGCUGCGAUCGCAUUGUUUGACAGGUGCGUUGAACGGGUUGAACGAGCAGAAUGCGGUCCGAUUCGUGUUCAGUUGUGAUGCGGAUGUGAAACGGAUGGCGAUGAGGUAUAUUGUUGAUAGGGCGGAAGAGUUUUUUGAAAAGGGGAAGCAGGAUCCGUUUUUGGCGUACAAGGAGCAUCCGGAUUGUCAUGAGGUGUUAGUUGAGUUGAUGCAGAUGAAGGCCAAGAAGGCCUGA